AUGGGUGUCAGUGACGUCAGUUCGAACCAAACAAAAGAUGGCGAAGAAAGCAUGCGAAUGAGUUGCUAUGCUGCCAGUACCCGUUCUUCAUCGUCGUCCCAUUGCUGCCCUCCUCCUCGAAACGACGACGACGACGACGACCGAGCCGAAACCCACACGACGGCCACUGCCAACUGCUGCCAUUAUCGUUACUGCUGUCUGCUCGCCUCUUUCCACCAAAAAAGUAACAAUAUACCGAUUGCGACGACGACAACUCCCACUUUGGCUAGUCCGAACCGUCGUCGUACCCCGACUAGCAGUACCGUCCCUCCAGUUUCAUCCUCGUUUCUUCCUCCUUCUGCUUCUUCUCCGGCAUCUCCAUCCCCUGGUCGUCGUUGUCGUCGUCUCUGCUUCGGCCGUGCUGCUGAUCCCUCUUCUUCUUCUUCAUCGUCAUCAUCAUCAUCAUCAUCGUCGUCGUCUCCAGGCUGCCAUCCUGGUCACAAGGAGCAGGGCCGUUCCGCCGCUCUAUGUAAGCGUGCUGGUGUCAUGGCGAGGAGCCGGCCCUGCUGUUGUUGUCAGUGUGACAUCGUCGGCUUCGCCAUAAAAUGCGACCAGUGUGUCGACAUCGACCUGUGUUUGGAGUGUUUUUCUCUUGGUGCUGAAGUUGGACCACAUAAAAAAGAUCACAAAUAUCGGAUUAUGAGUGAUAUGCUUGGUCCAUUUGACAUCCCCAAACCUUGGUCUUUAGUUGAGGAGACAAUGUUACUGGAUGCAGUUGAGCAGUACGGCUUUGGCAACUGUAAUCCAUUUUUUUUCUUUACUUUUUCCAGGCAUGAUGUGGCUAAUCAUGUUGAAUCCAGAACUGCAGUUGAGUGCCAAGAUCAUUAUGUUUCAUUUUAUUUAUUUGGAAACAUUGGUAAAGUUUCAGUCCCAUGCUGUAAUAAUUACAGCUUUGGCCUCACAAAUGAAGAUUCUGUGCCAAAUCAUAAAAAAACAUUAAACAAUGCAACAAAUAACAGUGAUGACUCAGAAUCUCUGUUAUUGAAUCAUCAAAAACCUUUCAACAAUGCAACUAACAGUGAUGAACAUGACUGGGGCUUGACGACACCUGUUGAAAACAACCAUAUUGAACAACCUGAUCUCGGUUAUGUACUCUUCAGGGAUGAUUAUGUUGGGACAUUCUAUCUUUAUUCAUGUGGCACCUUUUCUUUUUUGUUUUCUUCUUCUUUCCCCUCUAUCAAGGAUCACUUUCUUCUCCCUCCCCUUUUCCUUUCUUUCUCCCUCCCCUUUUCCUCUCUCUCUCACCCUUUUCUUUUCUCUCUCUCUCUCUCUCACCCUUUUCUUUUCUCUCUCUCUCUCUCACCCUUUUCUUUUCUCUCUCUCUCUCUCACCCUUUUCUUUUCUCUCUCUCUCUCACCCUUUUCUUUUCUCUCUCUCUCCCACCCUUUUCUUUUCUCUCUCUCCCACCCUUUUUCUUUUUCUCUCUCUCUCCCACCCUUUUCUUUUUCUCUCUCUCUCUCACCCUUUUUCUUUUCUCUCUCUCUCUCUCACCCUUUUCUUUUUUCUCUCUCUCUCUCUCACCUUUUCUUUUCUCUCUCUCUCUCCCACCCUUUUCUUUUCUCUCUCUCUCCCACCCUUUUCUUUUCUCUCUCUCUCCCACCCUUUUCUUUUCUCUCUCUCUCUCUCUCACCCUUUUCUUUUCUCUCUCUCUCUCUCUCUCACCCUUUUCUUUUCUCUCUCUCUCUCACCCUUUUCUUUUCUCUCUCUCUCUCUCACCCUUUUCUUUUCUCUUUUCCUUUCCCUCAGAACAGGCCCAACUCUUUUGAGUAUGAUAACGAUGCUGAAUCUUUGAUUAGUUCACUUUCUGUGGAAUUGGAUGAUGAAGACAUAGAUAUUGCAUUCAAACUCACUCAGGUGGAUAACUACAGAUUGAGGUUGCAGGAACGAGAGCAGAGAAAAAGAGUGGCUCACGACUAUGGCUUAUUUCAUUACAGUGGUGGUAACAAAUUCAAAUCUCCCAAUUCCAAACGAAAAACGACAAAAAUUGACAGAGAGUUCCAAGAAAAAUUACGAGUGUUUGCACAGUUUAACACAUUCCAGGAACAUGUACAGUAUUAUGAAAAUUUAGCACGAGAAAGAGAAUUAAAGAACAGAAUUCGAGAAUUGUUCCGGUUCCGGAAGAAUGGUCUCAUGACACUUGCAGAGGUUGUAGUUUUUAAAAACAGAAAAUAUAAAAGGGACCGAAGGAAAAAUACUAAAAAUCAACCGCCGUUCACAGGGCGGAAAGGGGUCAAUGGUUUCCGAAGAAAUAAAAGAAAAAUUAGAUUCACAAGAAAACGAACAAGACGGAAAAGAGAAAGGAAAGAAGUCCCUUUGGUGGAAGCAGCAGCAACAAUGGCCACCAAGACAGGAGGGCUGGCCUGCUUCAUGCUCUCUCUCUCUCAUUUCUCUCUCUCUCUCUCUCUCGGCUACAGCAGAAUCAGAUUUAGUGCCUCACCCCUUUUUUCACACUCUCUCUCUCUCUCUUCUCUUCUUUCUCCUUUUCUCUGCUUCUUUUUCUCUCUCUCCUCUCUUUUCUCUCUCUCUUCUCUCCUCUCUUUUCUCUCUCUUCUCUCCUCUCUUUUCUCUCUCUCUUCUCUCCUCUCCUCUCCUUUUUCUCUCUUUCUCCUCUCCUCUCCUUUUUCUCUCUUUCUCCUCUCCUCUCCUUUUUCUCUCUCUCUCCUCUCCUCCUUUUCUCUCUCUCUCCUCUCCUCUCCUUUUCUCUCUCUCUCCUCUUCUCUCUUUUUUCUCUCUCUCCUCUCCUCUCUUUUUCUCUCUCUCCUCUCCUCUCUUUUUUCUCUCUCUCUCCUCUCCUCUCCUUUUUCUCUCUCCUCUCCUUUUUCUCUCUCCUCUCCUUUUUCUCUCUCCUCUCCUUUUUCUCUCUCCUUCUCUCUCUCCUUUUCUCCUCUCCUCUCCUCUCCUUUUCUCUCUCCUCUCUCCUUUUUUCUCUCUCUCUCCUCUCCUUUUCUCUUUCUCUCCUCUCCUUUUUCUCUCUUUUCCUCUCUCUCCUCUCCUUUUUUCUCUCUUUUCCUCUCUCUCCUCUCCUUUUUCUCUCUUUCUCCUCUCUCUCCUCUCCUUUUUCUCUCUUUCUCCUCUCUCUCCUCUCCUUUUUCUCUUUCUCCUCUCUCUCCUCUCCUUUUUCUCUUUCUCCUCUCUCUCCUCUCCUUUUUCUCUUUCUCCUCUCUCUCCUCUCCUUUUCUCUUUCUCCUCUCUCUCCUCUCCUUUUUCUCUUUCUCCUCUCCUUUCUCUCUCUCUCUCUCUGCUCCUCUUUCUCUCAUCCUUUCUCUUCUCUCUCUCCCAUACAUACUUUUAGGAAAUUAA